GCACGCUAUACCAGAAGUACUCGGUCUGCAUCGAAAAAGGAAUUGAAAAGUUAGAAUGGAAAAACCAAUUGUUUGGGCUCGUGUUUUGAAGGUGCUCGGCCGCACCGGCUCCCAGGGACAGUGUACCCAAGUCAGGGUGGAAUUACUGGGCGACCAGAAUCGCCAGAUCAUACGCAAUGUGAAGGGACCGGUGCGUGAGGGAGACAUUCUGACCCUGCUGGAAUCGGAACGCGAAGCUAGACGUCUCCGGUAGAUAAAUGGCGAAAAUUCUUUGAGAACACCACUAAAAAUUAAAUAAUAAUUUAUAAAAGUCAGAGAAUUCCAAUCUGCAAACACUUGAAUGAAAUGUGUAUGAAAUAAAUUAUUAAACACAAA